AUGUCCGACAAGUGGAACGAUUAUUUUGACAAAAAGGAAUCCUACAAGUUGAAGGCAGAUUUUGACAAUCUCAUGGAACAUGGUUCACCAGAAACGAAAAAAGUCGCUAGUCAGCUGAACAAAAAUUUCAAAUGUGCAAGUGCGUGUAAACUAUGGGCUAUACUUUUACUACUCAUUAAUUUGUUUAUUGUUCUUGAGGGCCAUCGUCUUACUUUUCACAAUGUCAACGCGUUUUGGAAUAAAAUCGAACUGAACAGAAAGCUGCAAGAUCAGCUGCAGGCUGCAGAGGUAGAAGCCACUAGUUCAUUAAUAAAUAUCACCAAAGAAGCCUUUGCGACAACAAUUGGAAACGUUCAUUCUGCUGUCGAAAACGUCAACGAUACACUGCAACUCAAGCAGACGCCAUUGGAGGAGUGGGUUAUCAAUGGCAUCAACGUCACAGAUCGUUUUCAGCGUUUUCAGCAAACAGCUCUUAAAAAGGCUUCCACCACAGGGCUAACAUGGGACAAUCAUUUAGAGAUCCUGCAUGUAUUUUUGAAGUAUCUAAUGUCAACAGUGUGUAAGAACUAA